AUGGGUUCGAGUGUGACGUAGUUUCUGUGACUUUAUAGGCCAAGGGCAGACUUUGGGCGCACGCAGCGGCAACGGGUGGAUCGUGGGAGAGAAGGAGGAACACGCGUCAGAGAAUUGAAGGGUGACCGUGUGACGAGCGUAGGGCGAUGGAAACAUGGAGUCGAGAAAGAAAACCGUGGGCACGCGCGCUAGUGCUCGGGGAAAAUGCGGGCCGCUGGCGUUGGCUGACUGUGACAUCAGCCUCGCCAGCUCAUGGACAAUGGCCGAACAGCAGAAUGGACUGGAGCUGCGUAGGGUCAUCAAUCUGCGAAGUCUUUUUUUUCUUUCCACAGGCUUUCCUUCUGACUGUAUCGACGUCACUGCAAUCUAGACCGAUCUUAUGCCGCCUGCACAGAAGGAUUCGAGAUUCAAUGAUCUGCAACCAGCUUUACCUGGCCAGUAACUUCGAAUAAGUAACACCAACCGCAGUUUGAUAGCACCAAGGAUGGACAUUGCCUGGUUUUAGUUUCUGCCGCUCACACACAUCGAUAUGCAAGAUCAACAGCAUAGUCCCCACGGGCGUUGCGCAAAAGUGAGUUGUG